GCACAUCACGUGCAAACGCAACUUGGUCAGAGGACUCUAAGAAUGGAAGUUCCUUCUUGGUAGCUCAGAGAUUCAGCGGCAGAAAGGGUGGAAGGGGAGCAGGAAUGGCGUCGUAUCGGUGGGCUUACUUCCGGAUAAUGACGGGCACCAUCCUCGGCGGAAUCCUCGGCUUCUACGUCAUGCACCGCGUCGAGACCAGCUACAAGGAGAAGAUGAAGGAGAGAUUGAUCAAGUACGAGAACGAAAUGAAGAAGCGAGGACAACUCCAACAACAACAAGACGAUCAGUCCAAGCUCCUACCAGACUCUUAAAACUCUUCCAAUAUCCACAUUUCCCUGCUUCAGUUAUACACUUAAGUACGCCUAGUUUUUCCUGUGAAUCCUGGGAGAAGUUAAUAUUGGGUUUUGCAUAGGGUUGCUGAGAUUCCCGGAUCUAGCGCAGCCAAAACUUAAGGUAACUUCUUCUUGUAAGGCGUCGUAUUUAGCAUUUGCUUUUGGCUUCUUUUUGGUUCACAUCAAAGAAAUAACGGAAGUAAGAACCGAUGUUUUGGGCGUUCGGGCUUAGUAUCAAACAUGUGGUGGGUGCGUCACGAGUUCCUUGCUUAUUAGAGCUAUCAAUAGGAAACAAAAAAUGUUGUAAUAAAAACCUGAGAACAAUUCAGUCUUGGUUGAUGGUUUUGUUUCAGCUUCGUGGAGGCCAUGCUUGACACUUAAAAAGGUUGUGUAAUGCUAGCUUGAGUUGGAAUAAAUCCUUUGCAAAUGUUUCCCGCA